AAACAUUUUCUUCCCUAGCAUGUUCUUGAUAAAAUUCCUAUCGUUACUAUUGAGGUUUAGGGUAGUGUGCCUCUGUUUUGUAUGGUCAUGGCAUGUAGUUACUAUUGGGGUUUAGGGAUUGAGUAUCCCAUAAGGCGUAACUUGCGGUUUGUUAUUGGAAAUAGUUAAGAGUACAAAAAAAAAGUUAACUUCCAAGGUUAAUCUCAUGGCUUUACCUAGAAUUCUAAUCUAGUUACGGUCCCUUUAAUUUUUUACAACAUUUACAGCAUUACGGCGUUAGGAUUACUGAAUUUGGGAAACACAUUGACGAAUCUGAUCGAGCUCUCCUCCUCACGAGUCACAACCGAGCUUCCUCAUGACUGCAGGCCAAUCUCUGAAAACCUAGCAAUCCAGUAUUCGGGCCUUCUAUUUGUCUGUGCUUUUCAUCCUACGUCAAUGGUAAUGAAGGUCCAUAAAAAUGAGAUACGCAACAAGCAGUAUAGCAUGACUGUAUAUCAUUGCUAGGUAGUCUUUCAAGAAGAUAGUUAGUUGAUACAAAAAAUGGACUAAGAAUAAAUUACACCCUAGGAAUUGCAUCUCUAACAACCAAGAAGUUUGGAAGACUCUUCUGUCAUUACUUGCUUGAAAGGUUUCUGCUAUAGCUUUACUUCUAAAAAGUCCCAACUCUCCCUCUUCCUCACGCCUUAAUCUCUCAGUCACCAGGCAGUCCGCUGUCAAGAAAGGAAGGCAUUGCAAGUCCAUCCAGUGUUUCCCACAUUUGCGAGCUCACACCGUCACAAUUCCGUUGCUGACAGUCACUGAGACGCACCUAUGAGUAGCACUAGACAGCGUCCUCUUGGUGGUGGGGCUCAUCAUAUAUUGGACUAUUUGAAGCGCAUGCAGGCAGAGAAUCCUGCUUUCUUUUAUGCAGUACAGGAUGACAAUGAUCUCUCAUGUGGGAAUAUAUUUUGGGCUGAUGCAACAUCUAGAACAAACUACUCUUAUUUUGGAGAUGCUGUUAUAUUUGACACAACCUACAAGACUAACCGAUACCGGGUGCCAUUUGCCUCUUUCACUGGGUUUAAUCAUCAUGGGCAGCAUGUGUUAUUUGGUUGUGCAUUGAUUCUCAAUGAAUAUGAGUCGUCAUUUAUAUGGCUAUUCAAGACUUGGCUUCAUGCCAUGUCUGGCCGCCACCCUGUCUCCAUUACAACAGAUUUAGACCCUUUCUUACAAGUGGCUAUUGCCCAAGUUCUUCCUUCAACUCGCCAUCGGUUUUGUAAAUGGAGCAUAUUCAGAGAAACUCGAGCCAAACUAUCUCAUUUAUGUCAGUCACAUCCUGCUUUUGAAACUGAAUUUAAGAAAUGUGUUCAUGAGAGUGAGACUAUUGAUGAUUUUGAGUCUUAUUGGCACUCAUUCUUGGAAAGAUUCUAUGUCAUGGAUAAUGAAUGGCUUCAGUCAAUGUAUAAUGCACGACAACAUUGGGUUCCUGUCUUCUUGCGGGACACUUUCUUUGGGGAGAUAUCUUUAAAUGAGGGAAAUGAAUAUCUGAAUUUUUAUUUUGAUGGAUAUGUGAAUUCAUCCACCACUCUACAGGUAUUGAUUAGACAAUAUGAGAAAGCUGUAUCAAGUUGGCAUGAAAGAGAAUUAAAAGCAGAUUAUGACACUACUAAUAGUAGUCCAGCUUUAAAAACACCAUCUCCUAUGGAAAAACAAGCUGCGAGUCUAUAUACAAGAAAGAUAUUCAUGAAAUUCCAAGAGGAGUUAGUAGAGACUCUUGCCAAUCCUGCUACAAAAAUUGAUGAAUCAGGAACUAUUACUACAUAUCGAGUUGCCAAAUUUGGGGAAAACCAGAAAUCUCAUGUUGUCACUUUUAAUUCUUUUGAGAUGAAAGCUAGUUGCAGCUGUCAGAUGUUUGAAUAUUCAGGAAUUAUUUGUAGGCAUAUCUUGACUGUCUUCAGAGCUAAAAAUGUUCUCACUCUUCCACCUCAGUAUGUUUUGAAACGCUGGACAAGGAAUGCCAAAACUGGUACUUUGUUAGAUGAACAUGCAUCUGAAUUGCCAAGUAGUACUCGUGAGUCUGUAACAGUUCGUUAUAACAAUUUGCGUCAAGAAGCAAUUAAAUAUGUUGAAGAAGGUGCAAAAUCAAUCCAAAUCUACCAUGUUGCCAUGAGAGCUUUGCAAGAAGCUUCUAAGAAGGUUUGCACUGUAAAAAAUCAGAGUACUGGAACAGCAGAGGGAGCUACAGUAACCAAUGGAAGCAAGGGUGAAUUGCUUGCAGCAGAUGCGGAUGUUCCAAGCUAUCAAUCUGUGGAUCCUAUGCAACAGGCGGAGAAGCAAAAGAAAAUCCAAGAGUUGACUGCUGAGUUAGAGGCCACAAAUCAACGAUGCGAAGUUUAUAGAGCAAACUUGCUGGCUGUGCUAAAGGAUAUGGAAGAACAGAAGUUAAAGCUAUCAGUAAAGGUCCAAAAUGCAAGACUUAGUUUGAAAGAGUGAGUGCACUAAAUGCAAAGGGUAUAAGGCCAGCUAACAAUGUAUGGAAGAGAAAAUAGGGAUCUUCAUAUAAAUGUGUUGGUUUUAUUCUCUUCUUAAGUUGCUAUAUAUUAGUUCUGUAUAGGGUUUCCUGAUCUUUACUGCGCGGGAUGUGUAUAUAUUGUCCUGUUGUUUGGUGAAGUAUCAAGUUUUUUAUUAAGUAGAAAAAUUCACCAUGUAUGGCAGGUUGAUUUGUUUGGAUUGUUUAAUGCAGAGGGAAAAUCAAUUAUCCCAUUAUUGUAGAUUGAAAUUGGUGAUUUUACUUAUAAGAAGAAAGUUCACCUCAUGAUUUCAUUAAAUUAAAAAAAUAAUGUAUGUAUGUAAACAGACAAUAAUCAUGCCUUCUUAAACAACGUAUGUUGAUUUUUAAAUUA